AUGGGCCCCUGUACCGCCUCCUCAUGCUGCUGCCAGGCCCGUAAUCUGCCAUAGGCCCCUAUAUACCGCCUCCUCAUGCUGCUGCCAGGCCCGUAAUCUGCCAUGGGCCCCUGUACCGCCUCCUCAUGCUGCUGCCAGGUCCAGAGUGUGUCAUGGGUCCCUGUACGGCCUCCCAUUGCUGCUGUCUCCAUCGCCACACUCUGCCAUGUGCCACUUUCAGGUCUCCUCACACUGCUGGUGGUUUCCAUUUUUGUCAUAGGGUGCUGUAUGGCCUCCCAUUGCUGCUGCCUCCACCGCCACACUGUGGCUUCACACUCUGGUUUUGGCCCCGUGACUGCCCAAAUGAGUGAAGUGUGCGGUGAUUCUAAGAUCGACGGCACUCAUCUGCAUGUCAUACUGCCUGACAGUAUUAUUUCUCUUCCCCAGCAGACUCCAAGGGCAUUUAAAUUAAAGGUACAGUGUUCAGCACUAAUAUAA